AACAGUUUAUUUCAUUAUAUGAUAAAAUGCUGCUGGCUGUAUUGAAAUCUGUAUUUGGUCAUGACGAUUUCAAAAGUGAUAUUCAAAAACAAGCAACUACCGCUGUUUAUAAAGGAAGAGAUGACGUAUUUGUGUGUAUGCCGACCGGAGGUGGUAAAUCAUUAUGUUUUCAAUUGCCAGCCAUAAUGAAAGAAAAUAAAGUUACAAUUGUCAUUUCACCCUUAUUAGCUCUUAUGAAGAAUCAAGUAGACUUUUUAGUCAGUAAAAAGAUAAAUGCAAGUUCAUUAAAUUCAAAUACAUCUACUAAGGAAAGAAAUGCAAUAAUUAAGGAUUUGUCAUCUAAUUCACCGAAAACUAAAUUAUUAUAUGUUACUCCUGAAAUGGGAGCGCAGCAGCAUUUUCAAGAUAUGAUCAUAAAAUUAAGGAAAGCAAAAGUAUUAGCUUAUUUUGUUAUUGAUGAAGCUCAUUGUUUGAGUCAGUGGGGUCAUGACUUCAGGCCCACUUAUAGACAGUUAGGUAUAUUUAAAAAAUUAUGCCCUAAUAUUCCCAUAAUUGCAUUAACAGCGACUGCUGCAAAGGAGGUAAAAGAUGAUAUACUUCAAUGCUUAAGCAUGAAAAAUCCCCUGAUAUUUUCAGUCCCUGUGUUUCGGCCUAAUCUUUAUUAUGAUGUAUGGUUCCUAGAAGCACUUGACAAACCCUUUGAACAUUUAAAGGAUUUUAUUUUGAAAGCUCUUGGUUCCCAAGAUGCAUCUGUUCUAAAAGUAAAGAAAAACUGUGGCAUUAUUUAUUGCAGGAAGAAAGAAACAACUGAAGUGAUUGCAAAUAAAUUAUCUAAGUCUGGUAUAGCUACUUUAGCAUAUCAUGCUGGUUUAAAAAAUAAAGAACGUAACGAAGUUCAAAAUAAAUGGACAUCCGGUGAAGUGCCUGUAAUCGCAGCAACAUGCAGUUUUGGGAUGGGUGUGGAUAAAGGAUCUGUUAGAUUUGUUGUUCACUGGACAGUCCCCCAGAAUGUAGCAGCAUAUUAUCAAGAAUCUGGUAGAGCAGGCAGAGAUGGCAAGCCAGCUUUCUGUAGAGUUUAUUUUAGUAACGAAGAAUAUGGACCCAUUGCAUUUCUUAUUAAAGAAGAAGUUACACAGAAAAAUACAGAACUUGUAAAAUUAAGAUGGAAAAAUUUUGAGAAGACUGUUUCGUAUUGUCUUGAAGUAAAAUGCAGACAUGCAGUUUUUUCAAAAUACUUUGGGGAUAGACCACCACCAUGCAAGAACAGAUGCGAUGUGUGUGAAAAUAAAGAUGCCGUUCAGGCAAGGAUAUCGCAAUUUGAAAUGUCUCACACCAAACGAAAUAACCGUAGUAGUAAUUUAGAUAGCAUAGCAUUGCCAAAAUACGAUGAUUUAGGAGAUGAAUGCAGUGGGCAGCCAAUUUCAAGAGAACAGCUCUUAGCCGAAAGUAAACGAGAAUCAAAAGAACUAAUCGAGAAACAAUUUGCUAUUCGCAGAAAUAUUAAUAAAAAUGACGAGAUAAAAAAGCAAAAUCUUAAAGAUGCCAGACUAUCCCAUGUAUGUGCGGCUGAAAGUACUGAUGUAAAAAUCAAGGGUUUGACUGUUCAAGUACGAGAACACUAUUAUAUUCAGUUGAAAUCAGCAUUAACCGAUAACUAUGAAAAAAUGUGUGCAGAGGAACUGCUACAGGAAAAAGAUAUGCAUAAUAUAGCGUAUGAACUUGAAUACAAAGCAUUAUCUAACACAAAAGUUGCAAAUAAGUAUAAGUUUGAUAUGUCUAAACUGAUAUCUUCUGUCCGAAAAUGCACCAGCAGUAAUACUCUUCACGAAUACUUGCGUGAUUAUAAAGUAAGUAAUAAGCAAACCAUAGGAACGCAGAGUUCCAAUGAUAUUCUUGUUAGGAAGGAUGAACAGAGGGGAAAUAAUAGUAAUUUAGAAAAAGGUCAAAGUGUACUAAGUAAGUUCUGCUGUAAAGAUAUCCGUGUUCCGUCUCAAGAAUCAAGUGCCACAAGAAACAAUAUUUUUCCUACAUUCAAAACCGCCUUAGAAUUGAGAAAUGACGAUAUAGUAACGAAAACAACGUAUACCACUAAUAAGAAAUAUUUAUUUGAUGCAAGUAUUUUGAAAGAUGAUAGUGAAGAUAUUGACGUGAGAGAAAGGAAAGUAAUUAAGAGUCCUGUUGAUUAUAGUGACAGUGUAAAUACUGGAAGAGACAAAAUUGUAGAAGAAGAUAAACAAAUCAUAGAAUCUCACAAAUUCAAUGGUUUUACGUGUGCUCGGAAGCUCCACGAGGAACAUAAAGUGAUAUCAAAGACUCAGGGCAAGAAAUCAAGAAGGUCUUCGCAGGAAGCAAAGAAAGAGCCAAAAAGUAAAAAUGCAUCUCGUACGACUAAAACAGUUUAUGAACAAAUUUUGAAAUCUGCCAAAUCAGAAACUAACGAUCUAGUUAAACAAAUGAUGUUUGAUGAAUCAAGUGUAGCAAAUGAUAAAAGUAACGACGAUAUGUAUGUUACUAUGAGCAAUACAGCAGAAUUAAGAAACAAGAGAAAACAUGAAGUUCUAGAUUUAUAUGAGAACAAUGUUCGUACUGAAUCGACAAAAAGAGUGAAGCUUAACGAAGAAAAAUUAUCUGCGAUUGAUUGUAAGAAAAUAACUAAUUGUCGUAAAGAAAUUGGUGUAACCAAAAUUGUUGCCGAGGAAAAUAAAAAUGAAAGCAAAAAUAUAAAAAAUGAUUUGGUGUUAUCGAUAACAAAAGAUGCAGAUAAAGAAGUAUCAAGAGAUGAACGUUUGGUAACUAAGAAGUCAGAAGGACACAAGUCUCUUGACGAAAAACGUCAUAAAUCGAAUCGUACAAAACAUCAGACAGAUAAAAAGGAAAAGAAAAUGGUACCUGCAGAUAAAGCAACGCAGUUUAAAACUGCAGAAGUUCUGAAAUCGUACUUAAUGAAAUACUAUCCAUCCAAACGUAUACCCGACAGAACUUCAUUUUCAAAAACUUGUAGAGAAAUGCAUUAUAGGAUAUUGGAUCAAAAAAUAUUCGAUAAACAGGGAAUACAGCGAUUUGUUAUAAAAUAUAUGACACAGAAUUAA